CUUGAUACAGUUAUAAUGGAACCUGCAAACAAAAAAUUGACCAACAUGGUGAUCCCACUUCUACCUUAUUCUGUAGCUCUUAAUAUACUUCCCUACUACGGCUACUGGUAUGACUGGAGGUUUCUCAUGAGCAAUUUGAGUAAGAAAACUUGGUGAAAUUGGAAAGAUAACAAGAAAGCCUUCACAAAUUUGGCUUCUAAACACCCUUUGAAGGUAGUGGAGUUUGACUGACUAUCCGAAGAAGUGGUGGGAUAUCUUACCCAUUCAGAGAAAGCUAAUAACAAAGCAUUAAUAUCUCUUACAAUUAGACUACCAGAAGAAUUCGAGAUAUUUCAGAAAUAUUAUGAGCCAAAGGAUGAAGAUCAUGAAGGUUCACUCAAAAACAGGAUCUUUAAAUUAAAACUCAUAUUCACUGAGUAUUCCUGGUCGAUCAACUUAAUGCCAAAACUCGAGUAUGACAAGUAUUCAUCUCAUGAUCAUCAAACAGAUAAAUUUACUCAGGAUAAAGGAGAGCUAGAAACUUUAUCAUACUACAGUCCUGAGCUUGACUAUUUCUUGAAGGACUUUCGGGCAAUCCAUCUCUCAACAGAGCAUAGAUACGGAGACUGCUACGGAUUCUAUCUGAACUUCCGUGAGCUUUACUAUACUUCUUUCCUUAAGUCCCUCUCUACUACCAGAAACUUUAUGCUUGGAAUCUCUUGAAUGAAGUAUAUCUACAGGAGUAGCUUCACCAUUCCAGAGUCUCUUCGGGCUACAGCCACAGGAGUAGUCAUGGAGAUGUAUGAGCCUACCCCGGCUAACAUAAAUAAUUGUCUUAAGAUAUUUGAAGAGCAAAAAUGCAACAUUCAGCGAAUGGAAAUUCAACUGCAGAGGUUCAAAUUUGAGAAAGUAAAGUACUUUAUCAAAGAAAGUUUUGGUGUUUCAGAAAAACAUCUCAAGUCAGCCAAGGAUCCCAAGAAAACCUUCUCACUUGAUACUGCAUUUGGAGCAAUAUUUUACGCCGAAACUCUUCCAGUAGACACCCAAGGAGAUUCUCUAACCAGAGGAUCUACUCAUGUUGUGUUUGAAUGCCCUAUUGGUUCUAAGUUCAGAUUCAUGAAGAUCAUGGCAGAUAAAAUUAGUGUCAGCACAAGGAAUACUAAAGCACUUUCUAAUUUUGGUAAGAAAAUUGAGAAUAUGCACCACGAUCAGUACAUUUGUAUCCAAGAUCUAAGUAGCCUCGAGCUUCGAAAUUACACACCUGCUCAGGAAGUAGACUUCUCUCAAGAUAUUGAAUUUAGAGAGUAUCUGCAGAAGUUUAUGCCGGUCCUUGGAAAGAAAAAAAAAGGAGACAAGUCACCGCUCCAUUUUAACUAUGUAGUCAUUCAGACUACUGAUGUGUCUAAGUUGUUCAUGAAAGUCUCACCGAGGCUUUGUAAAGUUCUGAUUCCUUGCCAGAUCUUGUCUCUCAAAGUUCACUGAACCUCAAAAUUAGAGUUGCGAAAAGCAUUUGAGUAUAUCAAUGCUAUCCCAGAAAGUCAAAAAGUUGCUCUAACUCUGAACUAUUUCUCAUUCAUUCCUGAUAUUUCAGAGGUCUACCAGCUGCUUCGCCUCUGUUUAUCUAAGACACUAGUUUACUUAGACUUAUUAUUAUAUGCUACCGAUAAAGUUAUCAAAGAAAUCCUCUCAAAUGGCCUCAUGAGUCAAAAAGAACUGGACUAUGUAAAACUAGUCAUACCAAAAUGAGAAUGCACCUAUAUCAACAUCAAGGAAGAGAAUUCACUGGAAAACGUCAUUGCUAAUUUCACUGAAAGUGAGGAAACAUGUACACCAAGCCGCUUCACCAAGAAGACCCUCUGCAGUGUAAAUUAUUAUUCUUAAAGCUCAACAUUCUCAUCA